UAUCUAUUCGUCCUAUCAUUAAGUACCAAAAUAUUGUUAUCAAAACCGUAUAUUCCUAUGCUGCAGCCGUCUGCGGUCUGUAUGCAGUUUACACGUGAGAUUAAAGGUAUUUGAUUAUUAUACUACUUAUUAGAUCUCUGCGUGGAUUUUAAUAUCAAUUUUUACAUUAAUUCUCGGAAUUCUAUAAUCUCAAUCUCGAGUCCUCUGAAUUUCAAAUAAAAAAAAAUCGUAUCUAAUGUCGAUGCGUUUGGCUAUUCUGGGAGACGUUUAACUAGGUGUUGGUUUGUAAUGUGGAAAAAAUGCCUGAAAACUUACGGUUCGCCGGAACACAUCAAAUCAUAUCUAUUCGACCCCUCGUUUACGUCGUCGAUAAAAUGGAUUGUUAUGGCCAUCGAAUUUGUGUUAAAUAUUUACGUUAUUCAAACAGUCAGAUACACCGAAAUCGACUGGAAAGCAUACAUGCAAGAAGUAGAAGGCGUUGUGGUCAACGGUACAUUUGAUUACGGCGAACUCAAAGGCGAUACAGGUCCGCUAGUUUACCCAGCUGGGUUUGUUUAUAUAUUCUCGGUGCUAUAUUAUUUAACCGGUUACGGUAAGAAUAUUGUGACAGGUCAGUACAUAUUCAUGGCUUUCUAUUUAAUAAACAUUUACUUGGUGUUCAAAAUUCACGAACGCAGCAAAAAAGUGCCUCCUUUUGUGAUAGUAUUACAGUGUUUCUCUUCAUAUCGUAUUCAUUCUAUUUAUGUGUUGCGUCUAUUUAACGAUCCCAUUGCAGUUAUCCUAUUAUACUUAUCAGUUUACAUGUUUUUAAAGAACAAAUGGACAAUUGGUAGUAUUUUAUACAGCCUAGCAGUUUCGAUCAAAAUGAAUAUUUUACUUUACUCGCCUGCACUUUUAACAGCAUAUAUAACUAAAUUUGGAGCCUAUGGAACUAUUAAACAUAUAACAUACUGCGCUGCUGUACAGCUAAUAUUGGGUUUACCAUUUUUAAUCAGCAACCCAAAAAAUUAUAUUAAAGGUGCAUUUGAUUUGUCCAGAGUUUUUAUGUACAAAUGGUCUGUCAACUGGAAAUUUAUUCCACCCAACAUAUUUGUUAGUGGAUAUUUCCACGUACUUUUGCUAGCAAUCCAUAUAACAGUAUUGCUGUGUUUUACGGCAACAUGGAUAAAAUAUUUGAACUCGUAUGCAAAAAUGAAGCAAAUUGAACACGACUUGAAACCACAGUUGAAGAAAAAAAAGAUCAACAUCAAUAUGGAUAUAAGUGCUAAUCUGUUUCUUCUGCCAAUGUUUUCUGCAAAUUUCAUUGGAAUAAUGUUCAGUCGAUCGCUACAUUAUCAAUUCUACGUAUGGUAUUAUCACACACUGCCGUUUUUGUUAUGGUCAACGCCAUAUGGCAAUAAAUUUAGGUUAAUAGUACUCGGAUUGAUAGAAAUCUGCUGGAAUACAUACCCAGCUACAGCAUUUAGUAGUGCUUUGUUACACGUUUGCCAUUGUAUUAUCUUAUAUGGAUUACAUAGGUACAGAUACAGGUACGGAUCAAUAAAGAAAAGAUAAAAAAAUAUAUAUAAUUUAAAAAAAAAACUUUUUAAUUUUUUUCAUUGUUCUCGAUUUUAAGCCUUCCUUUUUUUGUAUAAUGUUUGAUUCUGUUUUCUAAACUCUCUAAAACAAAUACAAACAUAUAUUAGUUAUAACUUUAAAUAUAUAUAAGUUAUAUUUAGUAAUGUAAAACAUUUUUUCAAUUUAUUAUUCAUGGAUAAUAUUUUAUCAAAAUAUUGCUAAAUAUUGUUAUAUUAUAAAUCAAAAAUGUAUAAGAUGCUUUUUUAUAUAGAAGAUUUUUUUUUGUUCAAUAAUAUAACAAGUAACUGUUUUAAAAACAUUUAUAUUUUCUUCCAUAUAUUUUAUUCACGUUUUAGUUAUAGUUUUUUAAAGUGUAAAAAUAGUUUGAUUUAUUGACUGAUAAUAUUAGAUAAAAAACAAUUAUACUCAAACAAUUUUUUUUAGCAAAAUUGUAUAUAUUUAUAGUUAAAAUGUUAAAAUUACCACUAGCAGGCCGCUUCAUAAGAGGUUGGUAUAUUUUAGAUUUUACACCUUGUAAUAAGCAAUCACUUUGUUUGUUAAUAGAGUCAGGAACUAGAUCUUCAAUAUUUUUUAACAUUUCACCCAGCAUAGUCGUUCUGAAAUAAAUUGUUAACAAUAACGAAUACAUUUUUUUAUAAUUAAUUGUGAGGUAGUAAAUACAAAAUAAGUAUAUGUCUUAUAAUGACCAAAAUUAAGUUAGUUUUAAGUAAAAAUCUCAUUACCUAUUUAAUUGAAUUAUUUUGGAAUUUGGACUAUAGAACAACAUUUAAACUUAUUUUUAACAUAGCAUUGAAAAAUCUUGUAG